GCAAUGCGGUCUGUGAGCGCGCGCCGAUGGCCUCCCGGGACGAUGUGUACCGGCGCAUUCCGAGUGGCGCCGCCAUCCACCAGCAGCCGGCGCCGCCGGCGGGCGGCGAGCUGACCAAGCCGGCCGACGGCUCGCCCUCCAAGCUCUACUACCCGGCGCAGGACCCGCGGCGGCGCGCGCGGCCCGCCGACUCCAAGAUCCCGCAGCCGCCGCACAAGGCGUACGCCGGCCGCGACCCGAGCCCCGACAAGCCGGCGCACGGGCACCGGCCGGUGCACAAGCAGUACCAGAGCCAGCCGCAGGUGUUCGGCUACGCGCCCCCGCUCGGCUUCCCCAAGACCAACCCGAUGGCCACGCCCGGCGACAGCAAGCGUUACCAGCCGAGCUCGUACGAGCUGCCGGAGCGGGCGGCGCCGAAGCGUGACCCGCGCGAGGACCGGCCGCGCACGUGUCCUCCCGAGCGGACGGGCCCGCCGCCGGCCGAGCUGCUGGGUCCCCCGCCGCCCGGCCGGCCCGGCCCGCCCGGUCCGCCCGCCAGGAUCGGCCCGCCCGACCGGCUGGGCCCGCCCGAGAGAAUGGGCCCCCCGGAUCGCGUGGGCCCGCCGGAGCGCAUGGGCCCGCCGGAGCGCAUGGGCCCGCCGGAGCGCAUGGGCCCGCCGGAGCGCAUGGGUCCCCCGGAGCGCAUAGGCCCACCGGAGCGGCUGGGCCCACCGGAACGCAUGGGCCCACCGGAACGCAUAGGCCCGCCAGAGAGACUUGGCCCGCCCGAGAGAAUUGGCCCCCCGGAGAGGCUUGGCCCGCCUGACAGCCGCGAGCGGCUGGGCCCGCCGGACAGCCGCGAGCGGCUGGGCCCGCCGGACAGCCGCGAGCGGCUGGGGGCUCCGACGUCGGACCGACCGGCCGGCGAGCCGCAGAAGUCCUCCUCGGCGUCGAGCAGGUACCCGGCGGCGCCGGAGCCGGCGCUGUCCGGCUCGGCCGAGCCGCGCCCGCCCAGCUACCCGACGCAGCUGGGGCCGCGGCUCUCUGACGACGAGCUGCUGCGUGGCUCGCCGCGCGACCUGCUGGCCCGGUACCGGCACGCCGAGGCCGAGAUCGCCCGGCUCAUGAUGGAGCAUGGCCAUGCGCUGCGCGAGCUGCACCGUCAGAUCCAGGCGCAGGCGGUGGAGCAGCGCUCGGUGCAGCAGGUGCACCGGCGACUGCAGGACGAGAGCCAGGAGCUGCGCGAUCUCUGCUGCUUCCUCGACGACGACCGCCAGAAAGGGCGAAAGCUGGCGCGCGAGUGGCAGCGGUUCGGUCGCUACACUGCCAGUGUCAUGCGCCAGGAAGUGUCCGCUUACCAGAGCAAGCUGCGCCAGCUGGACACCAAACAGCAAGAGCUGGUCAAGGACAACCUGGAGCUCAAGGAGCUGUGCCUCUACCUGGACGAGGAGCGGCAGGGCCACGGCUCGCUCUGCAGCAACUGCGGCGCGGCGCUAAACCAGCCGCGCGACGACGGCGACGGUAGCAGCAGCAGCACGGCCGCCGACGAGCCGGGCCUCUCGGCGCACGUGUACCUGCCGCCGCCCCCGGCGGCCGACAACGAGCGGCCGCGCCGCACUGAGAGCAGAGAGCGCCUGCUCGAGGAGAGCAUCCAGCGACAGCGCAGCCUGCUCAACGAGCAUAUCCUGCAGUACAUCCGCGGCCUGGAGCGUCGCCUGGAGGUGGCCGAGGAGGGCGGCGGCGGCGGCGGCGGUGACGGCGGACCCGUCAGCCGGCCCGACGCCGUCGUGCAGGCCAUGCGCGUGCUGGAGGUGCAGGAGCACCUCGAGUGGGAGUCGGCCUCGCUGGAGCGGCCGCCGCAGGAGCAGGAGGAGGGCACGCCGCGGAUGGAGGACCCCGAGAAGGCGCUCCUCCGUCAAAUGUGCAAUGUCGUGUGGAGGAAGCUGGAAGACGUCCCCAACUCGUGAUGAGAAAGCCACCACCCCCGUUGUUGGAGUCAACGUGUCUAAAUACGAGCGCCUGGUCCGAGACAGCCUGUUGCCAGCGGCCGCCUGCUAUCAGGCUGCAGUACGUGUAGUGGGCGCAAAAUGACCCCAGAAGUCGGCGCGCCCUAAAGCCCCAAUCAUCAUCAUCAGGAGUUAGGUGCAUCACCGCCGGCGCGCCAAUGAUAGCGCUGAUUUAUCCGCACAAAUCUCCGUGCAUGGUGCAGUGUGAGCUGUGGCAGCUCCAGAGCGGCUGCUUAUGGUCCGUCCGCGACUACAUGCCGUCCGGUAUGUUGAUUGUUAAUUAGUGUUGGUAUGCGCGAUGCCCAUCAGGCUUAUGCAUACGCGAGUGCUGCUAUUUGUGCAUGUUGAAUCUAGUGGUGCAACGCCACUGAGUAAUGCUGACGAAGGCAGAAAAUUAGUACAAAUUAAUAUUUUACGUAAUGUCUGUGCAUUUGCUGUUGAAUGGAGGGCGUCCAGCGAGAUGAAUGGUGUGAAGAGCGUUUGGAUAUAAUUCGAAAGCGAUGGCGCAAACCGACGUGGAUUUUCAGUGGCGAAAUAGGUUAAGAUUAGGCUCGUCAGGUGACAAUCUGGCCCAUUGAUGAUAUUCUGCGCAAGGUCGUGUUUGCGGGGGUAAAGUACGUAUUGUUUUGAGGACGCGGCGACGAACUCUGUGGCUUACAAUGCUGAUGUCGGGCGACAGGCUGGCUGGCACAGGCCAUGUUGCCGGUCUCACCGCGUACCAGCCGGUUUCGCGGACAUGGGACGAGCACUGCCGCGGAAGCAGGCGUCUCCAACUGUUGAUUCAUUCGUGUCGCGGUGUUCAGAUGUGUUGCGUUGGAUGUCUGCUGUUGACGUUGAAGAGUAGCAGACAAGUUGUAACCUGUUCCUGUAAUUAUCGCGUAGGGUGAGUAAAUAUGCAGAUGUACAAAUGCUAUAAUACAAGACUCAGCUGUAA